UGUUUGUGUAGCCCCACCCCCCGCCCCAACCCCCCUCACUUCUACUGAUGAAACAAGGGCGGUUACUCCAGCUGCUGGCUCAGGCUUUCAUCCUCAUCUGGUCAUCUCCACAAGCUCUGGCAUCUGCACAUCAUCCAGAACUUUCUACAAGCACAUCUCCCUCACAAGGCAGUCCUAUCAGCUCAGACACAAGCAGCUGGUUCAUCGCUGGUGACGAAAGGGAGACUUCAACGCCUUCAUCACCACAGCCAUCUCCUCACCUCUCCCCUACUCUACUUCACCUACCUCCUCAGCCAAACGCUGAAGUCGAGCAGACGUUGAGCAGGGUCACGAGACCCACGCACGAGCUUCACUCAGCCAAGGUCAGAGUCAGGCGCAAUGACAAGGUCACCAGCAAGUUCACCGGUCUGGUCGUGGGGGCGUCAGCCAGCCUACGUCUGCAACAGUCGGUCAAGGUCAAGCUGCAGGCACUAGAGGCCUCCAUCUGGCAGCUCCAGGCCCAGGUCACGCGGGCCCACUCGGCCCGGGCCCCGGGCUCCGUGCUGGGGACCUUCCCCGCCACCCUCAGGACCAACUUCCACGGCGAGCCGGAGCUGAGAGCCGCCCGGCUGAGCCCGGCUUACAGCUUGCCGGAGCUGGAGUCGCUGUCCCUGCUCUUGGUGCUCCAGUGUCUGGCCGAGUCGGUCAUCUACGGCGGCUCCAGGGUCGUUGCCCCUGGCAACCUGAGUCUGGCCAUCGACUCACUCAAGGAGUUCCACAGCCGCUCUCACAAUAGGGGCAGCUCGUUCAUGACACUCUGGCCGGAGAAGGUGUCUGGCGCCAUGGGUUUUGUCGUCAUGCCGGAGAAUCUGGUGCUGACCUCGGUCAAGGACGGCACGACCUUCAGGCAGUUGGAGUCUGUCAGCAAGUCAUGCAAGUGUUCAGCAGCCAAGUCAAGCGUGGAGAAGAUAGCGGGGAACAGCAAAUGCCGACAGCACUUUGACCGACCAAUCAGCGAGGAAAUCUUUGACCCGGCCACGCCCCCUGAUCUCAUGACGUCAUUCUCCAACCUGGCCCUGGGCGCCCUACUUUACGCCAAGCACGCAGACGGCAAGGCAGCAGAUGGGGACAUUUUCAAGACCGAGCUGAAACUGUGGCUGUCAGAAAACACGGCUGUAGAACAGCUGGUACAGCAGCUUCGGCUACUAGCUGUUCGGUUUUCAUCUACAGCUAAUACCACAGCUGCUAAAGCUACAACUAAUACCACAGCUGCUAAAGCUACAACUAAUACCACAGCUGCUAAAGCUACAACUAAUACCACAGCUGCUAAAGCUACAACUAAUACCACAGCUGCUAAAGCUACAACUAAUACCACAGCUGCUAAAGCUACAACUAAUACCACAGCUGCUAAAGCUACAACUAAUACCACAGCUGCUAAAGCUACAACUAAUACCACAGCUGCUAAAGCUACAGCUACAGCUAAUACCACAGCUGCUAAAGCUACAUCUACAGCUAACGUCACAGUUGCUAAAGUUACAGCUAAUACUACAGCUGCUAAAGCUACAGCUACAGCUAAUACUACAGCUGCUAAAGCUACAGCUAAUACCACAGCUGCUAAAGCUACAGCUAAUACCACAGCUGCUAAAGUUACAGCUACAGCUAAUACUACAGCUGCUAAAGCUACAGCUACAGCUAAUACUACAGCUGCUAAAGCUACAGCUAAUACCACAGUUGCUAAUAUUACGACUACAGCUUACAACUCUACAAUCCAAUUUAAAGCUGUAAAAUCAGCUCUAGUGCUAGACACUCCACCAGACACUCCACCAGACACUCCACCAGACACACCACCACCAAGAAAUGGGACCGCGAGUGUUGUGAAGAGAGACGCCGAAGACAUCCCCAGCCUUGGGUCAGAGGGUGAUAACUCUGUACAGAACUCUUCAAAAACUGGAAUUUCCCCAGUUAUUUCCCUUAACGAAAAUACAACAUACAUACAUCCAAACCUAACUGGUACCCCAAACCUAGACAAUAAAACAGACAAUGAAACAGACAAUGAAACAGACAAUGAAACAGACAAUGAAACAGACAAUAAAACAGACAAUAAAACAGACAAUAAAACAGACAAUAAAACAGACAAUAAAACAGACAAUAAAACAGACAAUAAAACAGACAAUAAAACAGACAAUAAAACAGACAAUAAAACAGACAAUGAAACAGACAAUGAAACAGACAAUAAAACAGACAAUAAAACAGACAAUGAAACAGACAAUGAAACAGACAAUAAAACAGACAAUAAAACAGACAAUAAAACAGACAAUAAAACAGACAAUAAAACAGACAAUAAAACAGACAAUAAAACAGACAAUAAAACAGACAAUAAAACAGACAAUGAAACAGACAAUGAAACAGACAAUAAAACAGACAAUGAAACAGAACAUAUACGAAAUACUGAGGCAGAUGAAAACGCAGACUUGAAAAAUGAAAACGCAACCAACCAGACGAUUCAAGCAGUAACCGUCAAUUUAACGCGACCCGCCACAGACCUUUCAAAGACUCAGCCCACAAUACCAUCCACACCAUCCACACCUCCAUCAACCCCAUCACCCCCCACUCUACCAUCGCCAGUAUCGAUACCAAAAUCAAAGACAGAUCCGAUUACAAAACCAGGUCACGUGAGCCAGGUCCUUGACCCCAUUUCUUAUUUUGGACUGAAGCCUUUCUUGGACGCCGAACUAGCCAAAGGUCACCCUGACCUCUCCCUCCCUCCACUCUGGAUCUCAGAUGGCACCGGCCAGCGUGAUGACGUCACACACAACGGCCGCCAGUACCACAGCUACAACAGCAUCGACCUGACGACAACAGCCGCCGUCCUGCACGGUCUGGUUCUAGCGUCAAUGGCGGGGCUGAUUGAGGUCAAUGACCCGGAGUUACAGUUAAUCAUGACGUCAUCCCUGCGCAUGCUCACGUGGUACAUGCAACACCCCACGGAACUGACGUCAUCGCUUGGACUCUCCAGGUUCCCGUCCAGGUACCAGCUGUACUGGAUGACCUCUAGGACAGCCUUUCAGCUGACCUCGACAGCCCUGCAGGAGUACAGGCUGUUUCAGUUUGCAGACGGAGUUAUCGGACCAUUUGUGACGUCGGUACGUAAUGAGAUGACGUAUGCCAUCCUGCAAAACAUCGUGGACGGUGGGCUUGGAGCAGACGGCAAAACUCGGGUCUACAUAGACGACAUUGUGGGCACAGCAGAUCUGGAUGACAAGGGAGCUAAGAAGGUGAGCAGCGAUGACCGCCUGUUCUCGUCUGCUCUGGCCAUCAACACGUUGAUCGCCGCCUGGACAGUGCUGCAGCCAGACGGCUCGCUCAAGUUCAUUGAAGCGACCGACGACUCGGUGCGAAUCGCUGUCAACAGUCUCGUUAAUUACGUCACCAGCGCCGUUGAUGACGUCAACGCUCCACAGGAGAACGCUUUCAUGAGCGAGCAGGUGAAAAGUUGUCAGACUUUGAGCCAUCUCUUCCCCUCCAACCUGGUCAGCCAGCGUGACGUCAUCAGCCGUGACGGCAAGGCGGUCAAGCUGUCAGUACCCGGGGUCAAAGGUCAAAUCCCCAGUGACCUCUACACCAAACAGGUCACCGCGUCACCUGACCUUAAAGACCUUCUCAACAGCGACACAGCCGUGUUUCGGUUUUGGUCUUCGUCAGCCUACACCAGAGCUGCCUGUUUGUUGGCCAUUGCACAGGCGGCCAACCUGCAGGUUGACAGGAAGAGUUGA